UGUCUGUGGCGUUGUCCCGUGCCGUCGUCACCGUUAGUAGUAGCAGCACGCCGUGCCGUCCAGCUCCGAUCGCUAUCGAUACCCUGAUCCCCACCAUCCGUCAACCGUCAUGUACCUUCGUCAUCUGCUCCUGGUGCUCCUUGCCACCAUCUGUCACACCGGUGGUGUGAUGGCGGCGUCCUUCAGCGAAGACGAAGACGAUUCCAGUGAAACGGUCGGCUCACUGGAGCAAGUGUUUAGCCUUUACCCGGAGGACUGGACGGACGGAACCUCCCCAUCCCCGUCCUACCAGCGACACGGAAAUUCGGAUGACCUAGAAGCCCUUCUUCUGUCGCUGCAACAGGACAAGACAGCACAGGACAACCCCCGACGGCCGGUCGAUGACUUCACGGGCACGGAGGAUACUUUGGAGCUCGAUGGUGGCCGGACCAGCACCAGCUUCUACAGUUCUUCCUCGACGGUGCCCCUCGAGUCGCAAGAGGCGAAGGCUAAACCGAUGAGGAGCGCAACCCUAACGGCCGCCGUUCCGCCAUUGACGCGCGUUUCAGAGUUUUUCCGCAGCAUGCUGGAGCGGUUCGGGGUGGUGUCACCCGUCGAGACCUACCAGGGACCGGGCCCUGUCCCGGAACUGACGACGGAACGCGGGUCCCGGUUACGGUCGUACCGUUUCCGGCCUCACUUUGUCAGCACCGCCAAAGGGCUGCGCAACAUCCCGGCCCAGCUGAACGAAGGCCAGCUGGUGCACGCCCCGGACGAGCCCACGGAUCGACCAGUGGCGCCGUCGUCGUCGACUGCCAGCCGGAGACCAGCCGGAGGCGAAUCAACGGUGACCAUGGGGCGACCGGUGGCCACUACGCCCAGCUCGACCAUCACGAACCUGUUCAACAGCUUCAAGCGAAAGAUCAAAGCCAUCUACCCGGGCACGGUGUGGUGCGGCGAUGGCAACCAGGCCAAGAGCGAGGACGAUAUCGGGUUCUUCUACCUCACCGAUAGUUGCUGCCGGGCGCACGAUCUCUGCCCGAUCACGAUCGCAGCUGGCGAGCAGUUCAAUCGGCUCCGCAACAACGGUCACUUCACCCGCUCGCACUGUGACUGUGAUAAGCAGUUCUACAACUGCCUCAAGAACGCCGACACGCUCGUCUCGCGCCAGAUCGGCUACACCUACUUUAACCUGCUCAAACCGCAGUGCUUCCGCUACGAGCACCCCAAGGUCAGCUGCACCAAAAGGAAAAAGGGUAAAUGCUUGACGUACGUGGUGAACGAGCAGCAGUCGAAGGAGUGGCAGUGGUUCGACAAUCUCAUCUUCUAGUGCCAGCCUAUCCUGCGGGACAACAACGCGCCGGUGCCGUCCAUUUUGCUUAUACGCUUAGUCAGCUAGUUUUGAUAGCUUAGCUAAGGUAGAAUCGUCCGAUGAUCGAGUAGCCGAUCCGUCUGUGACAGCUCCUAGAACUGAACGACGAAUCGACGAGAACUGAAACCGAGGAAACCGAUUCCAACGCCAUGGCUAAUAGAUAAGGGAAUCGAAUCGAUGUUCUGAAUAAACGAUA